AUGUCGAAAUCACUUGUCGCCGUGUUCGCCUUGUUGGCCGUCGCUUCUGCUGAGCACUUCUAUGUGACCAACAAUAACACUGGACUCGCUUGCAUCAUCGUUGAUGGAGACUUCAUGUUCAAUCUUGUCUUCCAAGAGGGAAACGCUACCCAGAAGUACAACGUGCUCCUCAACAAUACCCUCAACGUCGAUGGAGAUUGUAACGCAGUCGUCAACAAUCAAUCUGUCCAAACUUUGAGCAUUACCUUCAACCCAGCGGGACAGUCAGCUCGUUAUCCAAAGGAGUGGGAGCUCAAUAUCGUCUUCGGAACAUCCAGCAAUGAAGCUUUUAAGAUUAUCGACUACACUCUCAAGACCCAAAAGACUGAGCUUGUUCCAUAUUUUGGAACUUUCGUGAGAGACGAGAAGGACGCUGGAGAUGUCACCGCCACUGAGACCAAUGCUUACAAGGUUUGUUAUUUCAGAAUGCCUAGUCUAGCCUCUCCAACUUCAAAUUUUCAGUGCUCCACUGCCAAGCUCGGACUCGUUGGAGGAUCCACCAUUGACAUCAAGACCGCCAACAUCAUUGCCUUCGCUCAAGUCAACGGAACCGUCUUCCCAGCCAACCAGCUCUACGAUGUCUGCUAUCUUGAUGCCCGUACCAGCGAUGUUGUUCCAAUUGUUGUCGGAGCCUGCCUUGCCGUUCUCGUCAUUGUUGUGCUCGUCGGAUAUCUCAUCGGCCGUGCUCGCGCCAAGAGACAAGGAUACGCCAGCGUCUAA